AUGUUAAAGAGAAACUCCCAUCGUUAAUCUGACCAUUAGUUAAGAUACUCAUCAUUGACUAAAAAUGAUGAAUCAGAGUUUAAUCUAGGAAAAUUUCGAGAGAGUGUCUAUUCAAAGAUGCAACAAUUAGGCAAUUAAGAACAAUAGAUCUACGUAAAGGGUACUGCCCCAAAAACCGUUAAAUCAUCUUAGGCUUAAGAAUUGAGGGGAAGUAUUCCAUCAUUUGAAGAUAUUUUCAAAAAGAUGUCUUCAUAUAAAGACAGUUCACAUAAUAUUUUGAAACAUGACGGAUCUUUGAGGUCUAGUAUCCAAUGCAAAAUAGAAUAAUUUGCCGAUCCACCUUAAAGCAGAUUAUCAUAAAGAUCAGUUGGGAUGACUUUGCAUAUUUCCAAUAGAUUUGCCUCCCAAACUAAAUUGGAUACAAAAUAACAAUCAACAGGAAAAUUCACUUCUAGCUUUAUAGAAAAACCUGUUAUUGCUUAACCGCUUAAAACCAGUGUGAUGGAUAAGUUGCCACUGAAAGAAUUGAUUGAUAUUAGAAAUAGAGUUGAAGGGAGUACAUAGAGUGAAGUACAAUAAUUGUCUAAGAAUUAUGUGUCUGAAUUAGUGAAAUUGGCACAAAUCAUAAAUAAAUAAGUGAGAAGAUGCAAAUUAUGA